AUGUCAUUAUUCACACCACCGACUGGGGGAAAGGGCUCUAGUUUUAAUAGGGUACCUUCUAAGGAUCCGGAGAAGCCUGAAAAAGAUAUCAGAAGUCAAUUCUAUUCGAGGCCAAGUUUGGGGUUAAAAUUCUGGGGACCCCUUGUACCUGCAUCUGAUAAUAGGGUCGGAUUAUGGUCUCUUGUGACUGCCCAAACACUAGUAGGGCUAUUUUUCAUGUGCAAGUUUAGGAACCUGGGACCUAAAGUCAUUAAAAGGGAUAUCUCUGACUUCCCCAGUUUAAAUAGGUUCUCAACCACAUUUGGAGGUAUGUACGUGACGACACAUCUUUUCCCAGAGUUUGGGGGCACUUAUUCUUUCCAUCGAAGGGUCGGUGAAAGAACUGGCUUUUUUUAUUCAAAAAGGUUCGCCAAUAUCAAAAGGGUUAUUUAUUUGACUACGGGGACUGUGCUUUUAGCGCAGUCAAUGUUAGAAGCAUCGAGGUUAACGCUUCUGGAAUAUGAUCCUUGGGAGGAACAGGCGAAAUGCGUGCGUGAUAAACAAUUUUUUAAUGAUGUAGUGAAGUAUUACCAUGAAGGCGUUGACCCGAUGAGGUUCAAAGUUCGAGAUGCAAACAGUGGUACAACCCUGUCCGUGAAUAUACCCGAGGUGAAGCAAGGGGUGGCAGUAGCGAGGGCCCAAGCAAACGCUGAAAACUUGGUCACUAAGUGGUUAGGGCCUCUCGAUUACAAACCGCUAUCAUUUUCCGAUUUCCUUGACAAACUGGAACACAAUUUGGAUAUGUACGACAUUUUGCAUCACACGAAUUCCAAAAAAAUAAUUGAUGAUACAAAACACGCUUCUGAAAGAAAGGCAGAACUAGAAUUUCUUACUGAAAUUAAUCGUAAGAAUAGGGAACGUAUAAGAACCUUGUUAGAUUCAACGCCGUCACACAGCAUUCCGUUAUCAAUAAAAUUGUCAGACCAGGGCAUUAGGGGUGUGACUAUGGAUAUUACGUAUGACUCUGCAGAUGAUAUAGAUUUGCGUGAGAUGUGGUCCCUGCAUAACCCUUGGAUCAAUUUAGCAUUGGAUACCUCCCUAAGCAUUAAAUUCUUGCCCACCGUAAGGUCGCCGCAAGAACUUAUUGGUGAGGGGGAAGACGUAGUAGUGGCGCAACCAAGAAAUAGUUUAUACGAAGACACAGAACCCACUCCUAGAAGUGCCGAGUAG